UUCACACAUUCAUACUUAUUCCAUUAUUCUCCGGUCACCAACCAAUCACAAAACCCCCAUCAAAAUGUACAAGCUGGUUGUAUUCGCCGCCCUUCUGGCUGUUGUCGCCGCUGCCCCCGGAUUAGUCGCACCCUGGGGCCAUGGUAUUGUUGGCGCCCCUGCGGUUGUCAGCGCCCCCAUCCUUAGCGCCCCAAUUGUGAAACAAGCAGUCCCAGUUGCCACUUCAUACGCUAACGUUAACACUCUUAGGGUCGCGGCCCCAGCUGUUGCCGUAGCGCAUGCGCCGCUCGUUGCUCACGCACCCGUGGUAGCUGCCCCUCUUGCCCACGGUUACAGCCACGGCUGGUAAACAACCAGCUCACAAAGCCUAACACCAGACUUCAGUCAAGAUAUGCAACAGUCAAUCACACUUAAUAUAUAACAUAAGUUAAUUUGAAAAUUCUGUCUGGAUAUGAAAAACACACAAAUUAAAUAAUUUAUUUAUAAA